ACAAUGUCUAAAUUGUGCAAAGAGUUCAGCUUAAGCGCGACUGUCAAAAAUAUUUCACGAUUUGUGGAUGAAGAGAUAUACUACACUGACACAGAAGAACGAUUCAAUAUUCCAUGGAGAAUGUGCAUCGCUAAGUGUGACGAUGAAUUUAGUCUUGGAUUGAAAUGUGAAAAAAACAAUUGGGACAACAGAGAAUGGUCGAUUGAAACUGAUUGGACGAUGAAAUUAGUAUCACACAACGGGAAAAGUUUGAUGGAAAGCAAAAAGUUCACUUUCAAUAAUUCAAAUAUAUUCGAUGGUGGUCUGAACACUAGUUGGGAUUUAUUGGAAAGUGAUUAUGUAGUUGAUGAUAGUGUUGUAGUUGAAGCUCAUGUCAAAAUAAUUAAAAUAACUGACUUACCAUGCGACGAAGACGAGGAUUCAAAAACGUUUCUUUUAAGCAGUACUGUUAGAAAUAUUUCAAGCAUUGAAGAAGGAGACGACUAUUACACUGAAACAACGAUACGUCACAAUAUUCCAUGGAGAAUGCAAAUUAAAAGAGAUGAUGGAUUUUUUGGAUUAUUUUUGAGAUGUGAAAAAGAGGAUUGUGAGGAUCCUGGAAAAUCUUGGAGUAUCGAAUUAGAUUAUGAACUAAGAUUGGUGUCUUUGAAUGGACAGAGCUUGACUUUUAGUGAUUCAGACUUGUUUAUUUAUCCAUCGGGUGAAGGUUUUCAAAAAUUCAUGAGAUGGGAUGACAUGGAAGAGAAGUAUAUGGUGAAUGGUAGUAUCAUUAUUGAAGCUCGUGGAAAAAUCACUAGUCUUGAAGAAAGUGACGACGAAUCCAGCAGUGAGAAUGAAGAAGACGAUUCGAGCGAAUCCCAUUCAGAAAAUGAUUCGAGUAGUGAUAAUUUAGAAGAUGAAUUCUCUGAGUGUGUGAUCAAUGUCGGAGGGCAAAAUUACACUGUGAAGAAACAAUAAAUUAUCAAUUUUCAUUAAAUUGCUUCCGUCGACUAUUACUGUCUGUGCUCUUUUCUAAGUAUCAAUUUUCCAAUAUCAUUAUUCGAUGGAAAUAAAGAUUUUUAUAAGAGUUGAA